GUAGCGACUAAGCUCCGGACUUCCUGUUUAAGGGUGGACUAUUGACUAGAAGGGAAUGAGGUCCUCUGAAGAAAAUAAAACUACUAAAUGAAAGCCCGAUAAAGCUCCAUUCAAAAUGAGCUGGAUUCCGUUCAAGAUUGGGCAACCAAAGAAGCAGAUUGUCUCUAAAACGGUUGAAAGAGACUUCGAGCGAGAAUAUGACAAACUCCAAAAGUUGGAGGAUCAGACGAAAAAACUUCACAAGGACAUGAAGAAAAGCACCGAGGCUGAUUUAGCCAUGUCCAAAGCAGCAGUGAAGAUCUCUGCAGACCUGCUCAGUAACCCUCUGUGUGAGCAGGACCAGGCAUUUCUGGAGUCCAUGACUGCUUUAGAUACAGCUAUGAGAAGAAUGGAUGCCUUCAACCAGGAGAAGGUCAACCAGAUCCAGAAGACAGUCAUCGACCCUCUAAAAAAGUACAGCGGUGUCUUCCCCAGCCUCAACAUGGCAGUGAAGCGGCGGGAACAGACGCUGCAGGACUACAAACGGUUGCAAUCCAAAGUGGAGAAAUAUGAAGAGAAAGAGAAAACCGGGCCCGUCAUGGUCAAACUACAUCAGGCCAGAGAGGAGCUCAGGCCGGUCAGGGAGGAUUUUGAGGCCAAGAACAAGCAGCUGUUGGAUGAGAUGCCCAAGUUCUACCACAGCCGCAUUGACUACUUCCAGCCCAGCUUUGAGGCACUCAUCCGGGCACAGGUGGUGUAUUUCACUGAAAUGUACAAGAUCUUCAGUGAGUUAACAGACCAGAUCGACCAGGCAGGGUUGACGGAUGAGCAGAGGGAGAGGGAGACUGAGGCCAAGCUCAGUGAGUUGCGUGCUCUGUCCAUUGUCGCUGACGACUGAGGGAGGAAAGCUGAGCAUCGGGAAGGGCUCCUUUCAUGCCUCUCUGAAUGGAUUGCACUCUUUUCAGGCUCCUCCACACAGUUCAAAUGGACAGCAGUGGCCUUAACGUGAUUAUCAGUUUGUUUCCUUGCAGACCCCCUCUCCCAUUCUUCUUGCACUACACUCCCAUGUUUCAUUCUCUGUACAAAGACUCUCCACAGCUCAAGAGCAGAUGAAAUGCCACAUUAACUAAGCCAUCAGCCAAGUGCAACAUUAUAAGCCAAUACAUCUUUGUGUUUAAUUUUUCGCGAAAGACUGAAACGGUUAUCCUCAAAGCUAAUUAACAGGGUUACACUUCUUGUUUCAGAGCUGUCUAUAAGCAUCUGUUUCCACAAUAGAAAAUGUUUCUGUUAACCUCCUCUCUUCAGUCAAACAUAAUUUUUUAGAAUUCCAACCGGUUGAAUGUUAUGUAAUGCAUUGUAGGUUAUUUCUGUAUUUUGGCCUUUGCUGGUUAUCACUAAGCUCUGUGCCAUGUGGUUUGGGGGUUUUUGUUUUAGGGUUUACAAUGAUCUUGGUAACAUAACCUGUGCAAAAUGUGCCUACAGUGUCCUGACUUUGGAUGUAGUAGGAAAAGUAACUCAUGUGAAGUGAGAUAGUGCCUGUGCAACAAUGCUGAAUAGGUUCGCCAGAAGUGAAAUCAGUCCAAAAUGAAGGCUGGUGCUCCAUCUAGUGGAUGGUAUCAAGCAUGGCACAAGUCCUCCUCCUUUUAUUCCCGUUGUCAUCCUUUGUUCUAUUGUUGGUUAAGAUUUUGUCUUAAAACCUCACAUUGUUGGCCCAUUUGUCAAAGUCUUGUACCUCUCCACUGUAGGAUUUUGAUUUUGGACCAAAUCAUACUGUUAGUGCUCUACUUUGUUUUCAUCUUUGUCAGAUUCCACUGCAUUCGGAUAAACACUAAACAAGAUCUACGUGAGAGGGUAAGAUUAAAUGUACGCUCCUCAAGAGCUUCUAUACAAUGUGUCAUAUCAAGAAGACUAUUUAUUCUUACCAUUUUAAUCUUGAAAUUCUGGAAACAGAUGCUCUCUUGAAUUGUCUGUGUGCUCAAGUUUUCCAGUUUCAUGUGAAUAACUGUACUAAUGAAGUUGUUUUUCUAAAUAAUGAAGGUUUUUUAAAGUUGUAGUUUGGGUUGAUUUUUACUCUAACAUUUAUGUGGGUUAAAUUUAGAUUUAUUAAUACCAUGUUACACGACAGCUAUUGUCAGUGUGUAGUAAUGAAAUAAAUGACUUAUGAGAACAGCAA